AAUUUUUUAAAAUUGGACAUUUAGCUUUUUCUGCUGCCUGCUCACCGAAGUGAAUAAAUAGAUAAUUAAAUUAAAAUGAGUUUCGCGAAUUUGAAACCCGGUGUCACCAUAGACAUUCAGAGAACUGAUGGAAGGAUCCACCCAGCAACAAUUAGUGCAGUGGAUUUUGAUAACCAGACAGUUACAGUUGAAUGGUAUGAGAAAAAUGAGACCAAGGGAAAAGAGAUCGACAUAGAUGAUGUAAAAAGUUUGAACUCUGAGUUAUUCAUACCAAGUCAACAGCAACCUCAGGCCAAGUUGACAAACGGAGCCGAAAGUUUGAAGCCCGGUUCUAAAGAGACUGUCAAAGGUUCUAAGAGGCCUCAAACAAGUGCUGCAGCACCAGCCACCAGCAACCACAUUUCUCGACCAAGCAAAAUUCCAGCGAUUAGUGAAAAAGAGAGAGGAGAGCCCACAUCAAUUUUGAUUCCUGCAACAACAACGACAACAUCUACAUCAGCCAACAACAACAACAACAGCUGCGACAACAACUCACCUCCAUAUGAUAACAACAACAACACAAUGGAUACAUACGCACAACAAGACGACAACAAAAAAAAUAAUUAUCGUCGCAAGUCAAACUGUGUGAAGGAGGUAGAAAAGAUAAAACAGAGAAGGAAUGAAAGAAGGGCUCAGCAGAUGGCGAUAAAAGAACAAAAUGAAGCCGACUUCGACACCAACGUACCAUCAUGGGAGUUUGAAUCUAUGAUUAGAGAUUUUCGCAAAACGUUGGAAUUUCGACCGAUCACAAGCAACGAGCCCAUUGAGUGCCACCAGAUCUGCGUCUGUCUGAGAAAGAGGCCACUCAAUAAAAAAGAACUUGAUCGCAGAGAGGUUGAUGUUAUAACAGUUCCAAACAAAAAUUCAGUCAUUGUUCACGAGCCAAAAACAAAAGUUGACCUCACAAAAUACGUCGAGAAUCAGAACUUCAGAUUUGAUUACUCUUUCGAUGAAACGAACAAUACUCUAACACGCACACACAGGUACACAGCAAAACCACUAGUUGAGUGUGCCUUCUCUGGCGGUAUGGCUACCUGCUUUGCUUAUGGACAGACGGGCAGUGGGAAGACUCAUACUAUGGGGGGCGAUUUUUCAGGUGGCAAGGGAAAACAAGAUUGCAGCAAAGGAAUCUAUGUGCUGGCUGCAAGUGAUGUCUUCAAAUUACUGCACAGCAAGUAUAAGGAGUUGGACCUGGUUGUCAGCGCCAGUUUUUUCGAGAUAUACAGUGGAAAGGUGUUUGAUCUGUUGAAUCAGAAGCAUAAGUUGCGUGUACUUGAAGAUGGCAAGCAACAAGUUCAGAUUGUUGGAUUGAAGGAAGAAGAGAUGAACCGGGUAGAGGAUGUGAUGAGGCUGAUACAACAUGGCAAUGCAGUUCGAACAUCGGGGCAGACAUCUGCCAACAACCAUUCAUCCCGGUCUCAUGCAGUCUUCCAGAUCAUAUUACGACGAAGUGAACUAAUAUCCAAAUUCGGUGUUGUUUUAUUUUUGUUGGCAGGCAACGAGCGAGGCGUGGAUACGAUGGACUCCGAGAGGCAGACGAGAUUGGAGGGUGCCGAAAUCAAUAAGAGCUUACUGGCUCUUAAGGAGUGCAUACGAGCGCUGGGACGUCGAGGCACGCACCUUCCAUUCAGAGCCAGCAAGCUGACCCAGGUCCUCAGAGAUUCCUUCAUUGGAGAGAACUCCAAGACUUGCAUGAUCGCCAUGAUUUCCCCUGGUAUGAGCUGCUGUGAACAUACGCUCAACACGCUCAGAUAUGCUGACAGGGUGAAGGAGUUAGGACCAGCUGGAGGUGUGGGGGAUGGAUACAAGUUGGAGUAUGUACCCUCCCCUGAAAUGUCUCCACAGAAAAGUGAUUUGGCUCUGCUAAGAAAUGCCAAUGAAGAGGAGCUGUCGGAGGAGUUGUAUGAGUUUCACGAGGUUGUCGACAACAUGCAAGAAAUUGAGGAGGCAGUUCUGGAUGAACAUAAGGAAUUGUUUCAGAAAGAGCAAGUCUGGAUGGAUAUGGAUGUGAAGCUACUGAAGAUGACGGAUGAGGUUGAUUACGAUCUGGAAGCCUACGCCAAGAGGCUGGAUAGUCUGAUAGAUGCCAAGAUAGAAGCAUUACAGGAUUUGAAGGAGAAAGUGACCCACCUUAGACAAGAUCUGGCCAGAGAAGACCAGCUGAGUAAAAAUAUUAAAACGAGCAAAUAACACAUUUCGUUAUUAAUAUUUUAUCAUAAUUAUUUUAUCAUUACCAAUAUUUUUGUCAUUAUUAUUAUUAUUACUAUUUUAAUUUAAUUAAUUUUU